AUCGAAGAAAACACCAAGAAUCAUACAGGAGAACGAUUGGGAUGUCAGAUCAUGGCAUUCCCCUCGGGGAGUAUUCAGCCAACCAUAUACCCGUGCACGACGAGAUUGAGCGGAACAUAUGGCCGUUCAACCUGCCAGAGGAGGAGCGAGAGGAGUUCGCAUUUAGGCUGCUGCUGAGUUUGCCAUUGGGUAAGAUUACCAACGUACAGGAUAGAUUAUAUCCAUAUUUACACAAGGACUUUUCAUCGCACCUCCCUCAAGAACUCUGCGUCAUAAUCUUCUCCUUUCUCGAUGCUCGUACCCUAUUAUCAUGCGGCCUGGUAUCAAAAUCAUGGCGUCGCAUUGCCAUGGAACCUCUUUUGUGGAAGCUGCUUUACCAUCGCAAAGGAUGGACUGUUAAUGACACGACUGUUGCAGAAUGGGAGAAGCUUGCGCAAGAGUUAUUCCAAGCCAAGCACAUGCUGCAGAAAGGAGUUGACCUGAAGACUGGCGGGCCGGCAACACCAACGACAGUGGAAGAUGCACGGCAUUUUGAGGAGGAGGUAAAUGCUCGAUAUCCGCACGUUACCGCAGACGAGGGUGGAAUUUUAAAGUACUGUGCUCGGGCAGAUAUGUCUCCAGCUCAGCGAGCAAGGAUGACAACCAGUGACAUUCGACUCGACUACAAAUACUUAUACCAGCUACACGAAGAACUGGAUCGUAAUUGGAAGAUUGGAAAGUGCAGGAUGUUUGAGUUCGGGUUGGAUGGACCGGAGGAGGAGCGACACAUGGAGGGCAUAUAUACCGUGCAAUUCGACCAGGAUUGGAUUGUUACUGGAAGUCGCGAUAGGAGGAUCAUCAUCUGGGAUAUGAAGACAUUGCGAUACCACAGCAAGCUCGUUGGUCAUGAGGGAUCGGUGCUGUGUCUGCAGUUCGACGCGAAGGAGGGCAUCAUCAUCAGCGGUUCGUCAGACAGUACCAUCGUCAUUUGGGACAUGUUCACUGGCGCCCAAAAGGCGACUCUGCGAGGACACCAGGAAUCUGUCCUCAACUUACAUUUUGACGACAAGUACAUUGUGUCGUGUUCAAAGGACUGCACGAUUCGCGUGUGGGACAGGCGGAGUGAGAACUACGAGUGCAUUCGGGUGCUCCAAGGGCACAGUGCGGCGGUUAAUGCCGUUCAGUUCAAGGACAACAUUAUCGUAUCCGGUUCCGGUGAUCGUGUUAUCAAGGUCUGGAACCUUGAGACAGGAGAGGUCAUCCGCGAUAUCUUUGCCCACUCGCGCGGAAUUGCAUGCAUCGAGUUUGAUGGCCAAUACAUCGUAUCUGGAUCAUCGGAUAAGAGCAUCAAGAUGUUUGACCUGAACGGUAGUGAGCUCCGCGCCUUUCGCGGUCACGACAGUUUGGUCCGUACCAUCCAGCUGUCAUCGGCAAUGCGGAGGAUCGUGAGUGGAAGUUACGAUGAGACAAUCCGCAUCUGGGAUCUUGAUAGUACCAGAGAAGGCUCGGCGUUGCAGUUGGGUAAUCAUCAUCAGGCGAAGAUCUUCCGUUUGCAGUUCGAUUCAAGACGAAUCAUGAGUAGUUCGAGUGUGGCGGGCAUUGUGGUGUAUGACUUUGGCGUUGACGUUGAUUGUACGUUUUUCUAGCAUGGUUUGGGGUUCUGAAUUAUUGAUGGGGUUAAGGCAAGCGCGAGAGCAGACGACAGGAGAACUUGAUUGCUCGGAGCAUAGAAAAUACAUACUGCGAUGAGAAGAAACCAGCUUCAGGAGUCAUGCC